GAGCUGAACUCAGCAGAGACUCUGACGGCUCUUGGAGCAGCUGCCUGAUCCUUCUCAUAGCCGGCCUCCUUGCCCCGUCAGCUCUCCCGUCUGCUGCUGCUCCCCCCCCAAAAUGGCAAGGAACCACCAAGUCCAGAAAGCUAAGCUGGCCGAACAGGCCGAGCGUUAUGAGGACAUGGCCGACUUCAUGAAAGCAGUGGUGGAGGAUGGAGCCGAGCUCUCCAAUGAGGAACGCAACCUCCUCUCCGUCGCCUACAAGAAUGUGGUCGGCUGCCAGAGGUCCGCCUGGAGGGUCGUUUCCAGCAUCGAGCACAAGACCGAGGAAGGGGAUGACAAAGCACAGCUGGUCAAUGAGUACCGGGAGAAGAUUGAAAGUGAACUGAAGAACGUCUGCAACGUUGUGUUAGGUCUCCUGGACAAGCACCUCAUCAAGAAAGCGAGCGACCCGGAGAGCAAGGUCUUCUACCUGAAGAUGAAAGGCGACUAUUUCCGUUAUCUGGCCGAGGUGGCUACCGGGGACGACCGCAAGCAGAUCAUUGACAAUGCCCGGAAAGCGUACCAAGAGGCCAUGGACAUCAGCAAGAAGGAGAUGCAGCCCACCAACCCCAUCCGCCUAGGUCUCGCCCUCAACUUCUCAGUUUUCCACUAUGAGAUCGCCAACGCCCCAGAAGAGGCCAUCAAGCUAGCCAAGACCACCUUCGAUGAGGCCAUGGGGGACCUCCACACGCUCAGCGAAGACUCCUACAAGGACAGCACCCUCAUCAUGCAGCUUCUCAGGGACAACCUGACACUAUGGACAGCAGAGUGUGCAGGAGAAGAAGGGGGAGAAGCCAGCGAAGAGCCCAGAAACUGAACUUUGCAGACCACUGAACGACGGUAACUCCCUGUCUGCCCCUCUUUUUUUCCCCAUUCUCCAAACCCAUUCUAUUUUUAUAAGAAGGCAGCUCCAACUUCUGGAAGCUCCAGCUGGAUUUCAGCAACACAAGGGGACUGAUUAAAUUGCAUGGGAUUCAAGUGCUUACCUUACCCCCUCCCUUCUCCUCAUGUGGCAGCUUGGGGGGCAUCACUGUGCCCUGGUCUUCCCGGUAUGUGACCUCUACCGCAACGGAACACUUCUAGCUUAGUACAGUUCCUUAUUUCUCGUUCAGCACAUGCUUAACACAAAAGUCUUCUUGGCCUGUCGUGGAGGACUGCACUUGUUUGUGUCUUUAAUUUUUUUUGGGGGGGGGGGAAGUAAAAUCGCAGGAAAUGUAAAAUUGUUUGAAAUUGCUAAGAUCUCGAAAAGCAGCUGGGCAGAGUUAAGCAAGAGUGACCCUUUGCUUCUUUCUUAUUCUGCAGGGGGCGGUUUCUUACUAUCGUAGGAAAAUGGGUGGUGGGCCUUGGAGGGGCUCUUCGGAGUGGGUUAGGACUAGCGAUCUCAAGAGGGCCUCUUGUUGUUCAUGGUGAUUUGCUACCGUGUUCUUCCCCAAUAAAAGUUCAUUUUCAUGCC